GGAUAGAGUGGCCAUUCGCUGUGCCAGCCAGCUAGCGCCCUCUGUGUGCGGAAGUCUUUCGAGCCAGAAAACCAGUCCGUGAGGAAACAGGAGCUGAAAACGAAGGUUCCGCCUCGUCUCAAGUCCCAUUCACUCCUCUUUCUCCUCCCCGCAGCAGUUCCCCUCCCUCGCUUUCUCUUCUCCUAGGGCUGAUGUGUACAUCCCGUUGGGCCAUGCACGGGCCCGGUGCCGGGUGGUGUCGGUGGGCACCGAUUAGAUGAAAUUGUUCGUGUGCUGGGUGCUCACCUCCGUGGUCUGCCUGGCCGUGCUGAGGAAGAUGUGGAGCAGCCGGUAUCUGAGGAGUCACCUGAGCAGAUCUUUGUACAUGAACAUGAUGAACCACAACCAGGCCCUGUACUGGGAAGGGAACCACCAGGUGUGUGAAUGUCCCCCUCCAGGGACCGUGCAUGGCCAGACAGGGCUGGGUGAUGGAGGAUCAGACACACAGGGGGGACAGAGACCUCCUGCUGUCACAAUGGACCCCCCCUUUAUCUCUAACACCAGGGACCAUGCAUGGCCAGACAGGGCUGGGUGAUGGAGGAUCAGACACACAGGGGGGACAGAGACCUCCUGCUGUCACAAUGGACCCCCCCUUUAUCUCUAACACCAGGGACCAUGCAUGGCCAGACAGGGCUGGGUGAUGGAGGAUCAGACACACAGGGGGGACAGAGACCUCCUGCUGUCACAUAGACCCCCCCCCCCUCCUUUAUCUCUAACACCAGGGACCAUGCAUGGUCAGACAGGGCUGGGUGAUGGAGGGUCAGACACACAGGUGGGAGGGGGGGGGGACAGAGACCUCCUGCUGUCACAAUGGACCCCCCUCCCCUCCUUUAUUUAUCUCUAACACCAGGGACCAUGCAUGGUCAGACCUCCUGCUGUCACAAUGGACCCCCCCCCUUUAUUUAUCUCUAACACCAGGGACCAUGCAUGGUCAGACAGGGCAGGGUGAUGGAGGAUCAGACACACAGGGGGGGGACAGAGACCUCCUGCUGUCACAAUGGCCCGCCCUCCCCUCCUUUAUUUAUCUCUAACACCAGGGAUCUCACAAAUGGUAGACCUUCUAAACCUAGGACUACAACUCCCAAGAUGCUUUGCCACUUCUGAAUUCAAUCCUCACAUUUCAUGCAACAAAUUAUCAAACAUCAGUCACCAGUGCCUUGUGCCAGUGUAGUAGUCGGUACCUGUGGCAUCCCCUCCUUCCCCCCAUGCCAUGACAUUAGUAGGUGUAGGGCAAUGCAGAGAGGUAGAUGUGGAGUAAUUAACAGGGAAUAGUUUCCAUGGUGAUUGCUCUACUGUUACUCCAUUCCAGAAUUUCUCUUUGUACAUGUUCUAUGUUCCAGAGUUAUCAUCAUUUCAUUUGCAAUACCACAUCCCCUUAUUUAUGGCACUUUAGCAUCCACUUCCUCAUGCAUACAGCCUGUUGGUAAUUCUGUGCUUCUGUAUACACUGGUAUAUUUUACUCAUCGUGGCUUAGUUUCCCCUAUCUAUUCAUACUUGCACACACUGUCCCAUAUUGUAUAUCCAAACACUCCAGUCCCUGACCCCAUGCUAAUACCUUCACAAUUCAAACACUAAUGCAGUCCUUGACCAUCAUGCUCCAUACCUUCCCAAUUCAAACACUGAUACAGUCCCUGACCCAUUGCUCCAUACCUUCCAAAUUUAAACACUGAUGCAUUCCCAGACCAUCAUGCACCUUCCCAAUUCAGACACUGAUACGAUACAGUUCCUGACCAUCAUGCUCCAUACCUAACCAUUUCAAACAUAGAUACGAUACAGUCCCUGACCCCAUGCUCAUACCUUCCCAAUUCAGACACUGAUACGAUACAGUUCCUGACCAUCAUGCUCCAUACCUUCCCAUUUCAAACAUAGAUACGAUACAGUCCCUGACCCCAUGCCCAUACCUUCCCAAUUCAAAUACUGAUACAGUCCCUGACCCCAUGCCAAUACAGUCAUAAUUCAAACACUAAUACAGUCUCUAACACCAUGCUCCAUACCUUUCUAAUUCAAACACUGAUACAGUCCCUGACCCCAUGCUCCAUACUCUCCAAUUCAGACACUGAUAGAGUCCCUGACGAUGAUGCACCUUCCCAGUUCAGACACUGAUACGAUACAGUCCCUGACCUCUAUGCUCCAUCCUCUUAAUUAAACACGGAUAUGAUAUUAUCCCUGACCAUCAUGCACCCUUCCAAUUCAGACACUGAUACAAUACAGUCCCUGACCAUCAUGCUCCAUACCCUCCUAAUUCACACACUAAAAUAGUCCUUGACCACCAUACUCCAGACCUUCUUUAAUUCAAAACACUGAUACAGUCCCUGACCAUUAUGCUCCAUACCUUCCUAAUACAAACACUUAUACAGUUCCUGACCUCUAUGCUCCAUCCUCAUAAUCAAACAUGGAUGCAAUACAGUCCCUGACAGUGAUGCUUCAUACAUUCCUAAUUCAAACACUGAUACAGUCCCUGACCAACGUGCUCCUUUCUCUUAAUUAAACACUGAUAUGAUAUUGUCCCUGGCCAUCAUGCACCUUCCCAAUUCAGAAACUGAUACAAUACAGUCCCUGAUCAUCAUGCUCCAUACCUUCCAAUUCAGACACUAAUAUAAUUCAGUCCCUUACACUAUGCUCCAUACCUACCCAAUUCAGACACUGAUACAAUACAGUCCCUGACCAUCAUGCUCCAUACCCUCCCAAUUCAGAAACGAAAAUAGUCCUUGACCACCAUACUCCUGACCUCCCAAUUCAAACACUGAUACGUCAUGCUCCCUGACGAUCUUGCUCCAUACCUUCCUAAUUCAAACACUGAUACAGUCCCUGACCAUCAUGCUCCAUACCCUCCCAUUUCAAACACUAAAAUAGUCAUUGACCACCAUACUCCUGACACAGUCCCUGACCCCAUGCCCCAUACUCUCCCAAUUCAAACACUGAUACAUUAUGCUACCGUACCAUCUUGCUCCAUACCUUCCUAAUUCAAACACUGAUACAAUCCCCCCAAUUCACUUAUACAGUCCCUGACCUCUAUGCUCCAUCCUCUUAAUUAAACAUGGAUACAAUAAAGUUCCUGACCGUCAUGCUCCAUACCUUCCCAAUUCAAACAUUGAUACAAUCCUUUACCACCAUGCUCCAUACAUUCCCAAUUCAAACACUGAUGCGAUACAGUCCCUAACCCCAUGCUCCAUACUGUCUCAGUUCAAACAAUAACACAGUCCUUGACCAUCAUGCUCCAUACCCUCUCAAUAUAAAACACCGAUACAGUUUCUGAAAAAAAAAAAAAAAAAAGCCCAGGCACUCCCAGAGGUUUAUUCAAAAAGGCAGACUUUAUUCAGGAACAGUGCAUCACAACAUCUUCACCAGGUUUGACAAGGGCUCAUAUGAGAGCCAAAACUUUGUAAUGUACUGUUCCUGAAUAAAGUCUGCCUUUUUGAGGAAACCUCUGGGUGUGCCUGGGCUUUUUCUACAAAGUAUGUUUAGGGGCUUGCCUUCCACUCCUGGAGCACUCCUAUGAUAUCAGUCCCUGAUAUCACACCUUCCCACUUAGAACACUGAUACAGUUCCUGACUGAAUUUCGCAAUAAAAAUACUGAUACUCUUUACUCACACUUUUCCAUACCCUUUCAAUUCAGACUUGGAUACAGUCCCUGACCACAUUGUUCCAUAUCCUUUUAAUCUAAAAUUAAAACAAUUCCUGAACAUACAUAUACUCUCUAAUUUAUAUUGAUCUCCUAAUUCAAGCACUGCUCUGGUCCCUGACUCACGCUGACCACAUUGCCACUCCUAACACAACAUUAAAAAAAAACACACACACACCACCCACCACCACCACACCUACCUCCUUCAAGCCUUUUUAUUACAAUCUUUGGGCUAUGUGGAUUGCUCCAUAUUCACCAUAUGCUAGCACAGAUUUUUGCUUUUACUUUGUACCAUACUUGCUGUGCUUGGUUGGGCCACUUUCUCGUUUUGUCAUUCUGAUUAUUCUGACCUGUGCUUUUCUCAAGCGGACAUUUACCUCCAGGGUAAAUCCUAUAUGAAUACAAUUAUUUCCGUAUUAUAUCCUUGACUCAUUUCCAAUGUAAAUUUCAUUGACUGCUUUACAACACCCUGUUGGGAAAGAAUGUGUUACUAACUCACAUGUAUUUGUUUUAGAGAAAGCUCGUUGCACCUCAAGCUUACAGCAGGCUAAUAAUGAUAUGUGUGUCUGGUCACAGAGACAUUCUUACGAAUACAUUUAGUAAUCAGUGUAAAAACAUCAUUUGGCAAAAGGUCUUUUGUUGGUUGAAUUGUGCUGACAUUCCUUGUUGCAGAUUAAAUAUCUUCUGAUAAUAGGUGAUGUUAAUUUCCUUUUGUUCAACGGUUCAUCCCAGCGUAUUGUUCAGCCAAAGCAUUUCUUUCGGUUCAUUAUGUACCAGAGCCGUCAAUGGUCUAUUCAUUAGUAGAUUGCGCUGCUUUCCUUUUAACAGGCCACAAGGGCAAGAGAGCUGUUGAAUAUUCCAUUAUCUUCCCCUCAUCCCAAGCAUACCCUUACUGCAAUUGUCUCUGUGAAUGAAAGUAUGGAUUUGACAAUAAUUUUUUUUUUUUUUAAAUUUCAAAACAUUGUUCAAUGUGACAAUAGUAAUUUUAUUUCUUUUGGCUGCAAACAGUUUGACGAUUUAUUCUGAGCUUGUGACAGCGGUGCACAAAGGCAAUAUAUCGGGCUAUUCUUAAAGAAUUAAUGUGAGAAUUGUAAAUGUUAGCCAAAAAUAUCUGAGCAGGAAACCUGUAGAAUUUUUAUGUUUAGGCCUAAAACGUUCUUUGUCAGCUUUUGACUAUUUCUAAUUAAGCAAAUAACUUUGUCAAGGUUUUAAUAGUUUUAUUUUUUUUCCUGCUGUAGAUUGUAGCAGUGGCAGUUGACCCAAAACAGUAGUUAAUUCAGUUGAUGCUGAUGCAGUUAUAUCAGUACCUUACCAGGUGUACACUAGAGGUGGAUUUAACCCUCCAAUUUAAAUACUAUUUUGUCUAUGAAACUGCAAUGGUUUAAAAUGACAGGACCACUGCAUCCCGGUCACUUCAUUGAGAUAAUGUGGUCUAGGUGAAUUUAGUGAUCCUAUAAUCCAAGAAGAACACUUUAUGAAAACCUAUUAUUUAUACAUUUACUGGUGAUGUACUUGUAUAGUUUGAGGCCCUCCAGGGGUCAUUUGUUAUGUACAUGUUUCUGGGUGACUGUUUGACUUUAAAGGAACAAUAUAAGGUCAGGAACACAAACAUAUAUUCCUGGCCCUAUAGUGUUAAAACAACCAUCUAGCCCCCUUACUCCCCCAAAGCCUACCUUUUCUGCAGUCAGCUGCUGCUGGUUCUGCCCCUGAUCUGCCUGAUUGCUUGACAUCAUCAGAAGUGGUGAUCUGAACCAAUCAAAAUACUUUCCCAUUGGAUUGGCUGAGCUUGUCAAGGAGGCAGAUCAGGGGCAGAGCCAGCACAAACCAAACACAGUAUCUGAUGUCAGUGUUGUACUCUCCCGCAUGUGUGAGAUUACAACAUUGAUAUCUGUGGAGAAUGUUUACUGAUUAUGAUGAUGAUGUCUGCCUAUCUGCGGGAAUCUCCAAAGGCAAAGCCUUUUUCCCCUCAGCAGUCACUACUGACUGCUGGGGGCUUGACGAGGGUAGCUCCGCUUUAUGGUAAAAAAUAAAAAUGUGAGGACUGACAGAGCUGCUUUAAUUAACAAAUUACAAAUGUUUUUUAAAAAAACCCCAGAUUAAAUAAAGGAUUUCUGUAGAAAUUAAUCACAAUUCCAGCUUUUUGUAUAUGCAGAAGAAAAUUAGCCUAAUUAACCUGCUGACAAUUUUGUGACAACUUGCACCGAAGCACAGAUUAUGUCUUCCUCACAAAAUCACGGUGUGCAACUGCCACAUGUUCCAACUAUUCACUAUGACCGCAGUCAUUUCCUGUCUGAUGCACCAUUAAAGGGACACUAUAGUCACCAGAGCUACUACAAUUUAUUGAAUUUGUUCUGGUGAGUAGAAUCAUUCCCUUCAGGCUUUUUGCAGUAAACACUCUCUUGUUUCAGAGAAAAUGCAGUGUUUAUAUUACAGCCUAGUGAUUCCUCCACUGGCCACUCCUCAGAUGGCCGCUAGAGGUGCUUCCUGGGGCAGUGCUGCACAGUGUGACUGGCAUUCAGUGUCUCCACCCUCUGCAUGGAGACAUUGAACUUUCCUCAUAGAGAUACAUUGAUUCAAUGGAUCUCUAUGAAGAGAUGCUGAUUGGCCAAGGCUGUGUUUGAAUUGUGCUGAGAUUCUACCUUGACAAUUUUAGGCAAUACUAUGGGAAAGCUUUGUGAUUGGCUCACAGAAUCACUUCUGGUUAUAUCAGGCAAGAAGGCAGAUUAGGGGCGGAGGCCCUGCAGACUUGAAUGCAAGUAAUAUUUUACUAUAUUUUUAGGGGAACUGGGAGGGGGGCUAGAUGGUGGUUUUAACACUAUGGUGUCAGGAAUACAUGUUUGUGUUUCUGACCCCAUAGUGUUCCUUUAACCACCACUUUUAAUAUUUACCACUUUAAUUUUUAUUUAAUACAAAAACUAAUUUGUGUGAAAUUCUUUUUUAAACUACCUGGAUUGCUCUCUUUCAAAAGUAAUUCAAUAAAGUUAUUUCUAACAUGAACUGUAGAUGUUGACUCCUGUAUUUUCUUUUUCAGUGGUAUUUAUGUGACACAGAAAAGUUAAGUGAAGCUUUACGGCCUAUGUUUGUCCAAAGUUAUCUCGAUCACGGAACGCAAACAUUUCUAAACAGGAGUAUUGAGAAAUCUGGCUGGCUGUCUAUACAGCUUUACCACUCCUUCAUGUCUUCAGUCUUUAGCAUGUUUAUGUCCAGGACGUCCAUCAAUGGGUAAGUUUCUUGAUAUUGUUUGUAGUUAUCUUCAGAUUCUCUGCUUGCCAAUGAUGCAAGAAUCCAGCACACUUGUGGGAUUCACACAUAUGUACCUUCAUUCUUGUAGUCUGGCAUUAUGAUGACAAAUGUUUUAUGGCUUCCAUAUUUUUUUCACAUAAAUUAGUUGCUGUUGUUCAAUAUAUCUUUGGGCAUCUGCUCCAAGAAGCAAGAAAAUGGCAUAACCAUGUAUGCAUGUGUCCGUGACAGAGCUCAAACUACUCCACGAUUCACAUUUCUUUCCCUUUCCAUCAGGCUACUUGGACGAGGCUCCAUGUUUGUAUUCUCCCCAGAACAAUUCCAGAGACUUCUUAAAAUUGGACCAGAUUGGAAGUCACACCGACUGCUGGAUCUUGGUGCAGGAGAUGGGGAGGUCACAAGAGUAAUGAGUCCCCACUUUGAAGAGAUCUACGUUACAGAAAUGUCCCAGACAAUGAUAUGGCAACUCCAGAAAAAGAAAUACAGGUAAGCAAAGACCAGGAUAGUGUAUUUUAUUCAAGUGCAGCUAAAAGGUUGAGUAAUAUAGCAAUAUUUAGCACAAUAUCUGCACUGAAUACACCAAUAUCCUUGUGGUGUUUUAGCCUGUUGUGUACAUACCACAUUAACAUUCACCAAACAGGAUUACAUAGAAGACCGAUAGAGGAAGCCCAGAAAUGAGAAAGUCAGUUCAAAAUUGUGGCCUGUAUGUAGGGAUCGACCGAUUGUCGGUCUGGCCGAUAUUCUGUAUUUUCAGAAAUAUCGGUAUCAGCCAAUAAAGAUACCGAUAAUGCAAAACAUAAUUUAAAACCAUUAAAUAUUUAAAAAAAAAAAAAUGCCCCCCCCCCCAUUUUACACACUUAACAUACCUACACAAACACUCACUGCACAAACACACACACUCUGCAUUCAUUAUAUACACACACGGCACAAACACACACUCUGCAUUCACUAUAUACACACACACACAUACUCUGCAUUCAUUAUAUAUACACACUACACAAACACACUGCAUUCACUAUACAGACACACUACACAAACACACACUGCAUUCACUAUAUGCACAUUACACAAACACACACACUGCAUCCACUAUACACACACACUGCAUCCACUAUACACACACUACACAAACACACACACACACUGCAUUCAUUCUAUACACACUACACAAACACACGCUGUAUUAAUUACACGGCAUUCACUAUAUACACAUUACACAAUCACUGCAUCCAUUAUACACACACAUUACAGAAACGCACCACAUUCACUAUACACACACUGUAUUAAUUACAUACACACUACACAAACACACGCUGUAUUAAUUAUAUACACACUACACAAACACACGCUGCAUUCAUUAUAUACACACUACACAAACACACGCUGCAUUCAUUAUAUACACACUACACAAACACACGCUGCAUUCAUUAUAUACACACUACACAAACACACCCUGCAUUCAUUAUAUACACACUACACAAACACACCCUGCAUUCAUUAUAUACACACUACACAAACACACACUGCAUUCACUAUACACACACUACACAAACACUCUGCAUCCACUACAGAAACACACACACACACUGCAUUUACUAAUCAAAUACUCUCACUGCACACAUAUAUUCUUAAAAACAUAAAAAAUUCUGGCAUGUAUAUUUUUUGCAUUUACCUUAAUUAAAAAAAGAAUUUCAAAAAAUAAAUAAACAUGUUCAGUUAACAGUAAAUUUGCGUAGAAAUAGAUUAUUUUUUCAAAAUGGUAAAUGUACAGAAUAUCGUAUCAGUAAGUUAUUAGCUAUCGGCCUGAAAGUUUACAGAUUAUCGGUAUCUGCUCUAAAAAAUCAAUAUCGGUCGAUCCCUACCUGUAUGUACGUGCAUGUUAUAUACAUAUGAAAGAUGGUGGAUUCUUAUAUUCCGUACACUCCAGGUGACGAGCAUCCAUGUCAAAUGAGCUUACAGCAGUAACAAAAAAUGUACACUACCCAGGUAUGUUUCUGUUCAAGCCAUGUUUGUGUUAAUGUGUGGCACACAGAUUUUUGUUCCUUAGAAUUUAGGCAUGUCAAAAGCUGCCUUUCACCUGUAACUAUAUUACUUAAAUUUCAGAGAUACUAGGGGAUUGCUCGCUAACCUCCACUUUUGUUAAGCUUGAAUAAAAAUCUGCAGAAUUUGCCAGGCCUCCGCAAAGUCAGUACAAAUUUGGCACAGAAGCCCGUGCAUAGAAUUUGCAAAUGUAUCAGAUUUGAAAAGACCCGGAAAGUUUAGCCCCCAUAUGGACAGUAGUGGCUUCAAUUGUUAAUGCGUGAGAGGAAGCUGAAGCAAAUUUAAGAAAGCAGGCAGUAAAUAAAAUAUCCUGAAACAAAAGGAGGCUUAAAAAAAAUAAAAAUCUUAAUACUUUCUCAAUGCUUUCCUAUGAACGUUCUUCAGGAAGACAGCCACUAGAGGCUGGAUUAACCUUGCUAUGUAAACAUAGCAGUUUCUCUGAAACUGCUAUGUUUACAUCUGUAGGGUUAAAACCUGAGGGACCUGGCACCCAGACUACUUCAUUGAGCCGAAGUGGUCUGGGUGACUAUAGUGUCCCUUUAAUGGAAUGAUGUUACCUUGCUGUGAUUUUGUAAUGUAGAUUAAUUAUAAACAAUGUUUCUUUUUUUUUUAGAGUACUUAAUAUCGAUGAAUGGCAAAAUACAGGGUUCCAGUAUGAUGUCAUUAGCUGCUUAAACCUCCUUGAUCGCUGCCAUCAACCUGUUACCUUGCUGAAGGAGAUGAGAAGGGUCUUGGAGCCAACUAGGGGUCGAGUUAUCCUUGCGCUGGUCCUGCCGUUCCACCCUUAUGUAGAAAAUGGUGAGUGGCCCAUAGAAACUCUAUAGUGUCUUUCUAUUUUCUUUUUAUUGCUAGUGUUCUAAUCAUAGGUUUUCAUAUUUAAAAUGACAUGGAUCACGUAGAUAAGUCUCAUUUAAAAGCUUUAGUAUUCUGCAUGCUAAAAAAAAAAAAAAAAAAAAAUAUGUAUGUUUUUUAAAUUUUUUUUCACUUUGUUUCUUCUUACUUGUGCUUUCCACACCCACUCCAGGAGGGACACUGAUCUAACCAACCAGUGACCUAUCCUUAGGAAUGCUGGAAAAGUGUAUUGGGCAUACCUGACAGAUUUAUACAUGUACAGCUGGAAAAUCUAUCUGCCCUGCAACAUUCUGACAGGGGGAGGAUAGAGAAUCUGAUCUGUUUGAUCAGUGUGAUAAUGCAAAGAAGGCUCUCUGCUGAUGUGAUGCCAUGUUUCUGUCAUUUGCGGACAGGUCUAAAACUAAGAUGGGUGGGUAAGGAAUGGGAGGGUAGGCUAAAAAAAACUCCUCUAGCUGAGAAGCAUGCCCAAUGUUGCAAUCUGACCAAGUUUAUAGUAAGUUUCUAAAUGUUAAAUGGACACUAUAUUCACCAAAACAACUUUACCUUAAUUAAGCAGUUAUUUGUGUAUAGAUCAAACCUCUGAAGUUUCACUGUUCAAUUCUCUGCCAUUUAGAAGUUCAUUACUUCUGUUUUUGUUUAUGUAGCUCUAGCCCACCUCUCCUGCAUGUGGCUCAUACACAGUCUGCAUUAAAACAAAAUGGUUUCAUUUUCAAUCAGAUGUUACUUACUUUAAAUAUUGUCAUCAUACACAGGAGGGGUCCUGCAGAGUCUAUCCAGCUAAUUCUAAAUUAAACAAAAUGUUGAGAGGUGUGAUUAGGGAUGCAUAAACAAAGUCUUUUAACUGUUAAAUGGCAGAGGAUUUAGUAGAUAGACUGCAUGGGCAUGAUCUAUACACAAAAAAACUGCUUCAUUAAGGUAAAUUUUUUUUUGAUGACUGUAGUGUCCCUUUCUUACAUACAUUUCAAAGUUUUUCUUUAUUUUGGUUUGUAUAUUUGUUGAGACGUGAUUGAUUGCUGAUUUAAAAAAGUAAUUGUCAAGUCAUGCAUGUGCCUUUUUAAAGGACCACUAAAUUAAGUGAUCUGGGUGCAGUUGUCCUGUCUAUUUAGCCCGUCAAUCUAAAACAUUUCUGUUUAGAGAUACUGCAAUGUGAUGAUUGCAGGGUUAAACACACCUUAGUGGCUUUUAGAGCAACCAGAGGCGAUUGUGAGGCAUUGACCGAGCUUGACUGUCAUGUGACGUUUGACAUCCAUGAGGACGUUGAAUGUCAUCAAACGCACCUCAGAAGCAUUUGAUUGGAUGCACAUGUGGCAUUUGCUGCACAUGUGCAAUUCAUCACUAAUGCUUCUCUAUGAGAAACAGUGGAUUGGGCAAUUAUUGUAAAAGCGAUGCCUUCAGGAUGAUGUCCUGAGAGGAGCAGCACCAAGUGACUUUCGGGACAGGAGAAAGGGGAAAAAGUAAAAGCCUUUUUUUUUUUUCACAGGUUUUUUUUACAGAUCAAAAGGGGGGAGAGAGGGUGCCAAAUCUAAAUAGGACCUAGUACAUUAGAACAUUAGGAGUACAUGUUUGUAUUCCUAACCCUACAGUGUUCCUUUACACAUGGCCUGCACAACUAAGUAAAUUGACAAAUUGCCAAAGUGAACAUCUUGGCAUUUGCUUUAAAAAAAAAAGAGAUCCCGAAAUAACCAUAUAAGCAAAUUUAAUUGCACGUAAAUGAGUCAAGGUUUCUCCACAGAACAGGAUAUUCAUCAGUCCAACAAGUCUUUAUGUAUUUGAUCUAAAAUGUUUGACUUAAUAUAGUUGCCAUAGAUCUAUGUUUUCUAGAUUAACAUCAGGUGCCACUACGGAGGCUUUAUAUUUAAAAGCUGUGUUAAUCAUGAAGCAAAAUAUGUAGGGUGUUCUCCAGAAGCUACGUAGGGUCAUUUGUGAAGAUCAAUUAUUGUGCAAAAAUGUGGAGCAAGGGAAGCAAUCAGAAGAAACGUUCCAUUGGUUGGCAUAAUGAUUAUUCCACCGUUACAACUUUGCAUCCAGAAUUCUUGUACAUACGUAACCCCCACUGGAACAUGUGUGGAAGACAUAUAAUUAAAUGGGUCUGUAUAUAAUAUAGAACAUAGAAUGUGACGGCAGAUAAGAACCAUUCAGCCCAUCUAGUCUGCCCAAUAAUCAUUUGUUGUAUGUACAUAUUGACUGAUUUUACUGUCAAGAAAAAUUCCAAAUAGUUCUGAUUACAUUUACUGUAUUCACACAGUUAGUGCGCUUCCUAAUUUUGGGUUUUAUCCUCUGCAUGUUCCUGUGGGUUAAAGGAAGUGGAUUUAACCAUUAGCUUGGCAGCUGCUUUAACUCUGUAUUUUUCCACAGCAAUGUAUUUUAUGCGUUUUUAAAUUGUUCAUAUCCCCACUGGGGCCAGCACACCAGUACCACCAAUAUUGUCUUUAUGGAAUUGAACAUUUUAGUUGCUGUUCUGUAUUCUUGCCUUUUGUAAACUAAUAAAGGGGAACUGCCAUUUCUCUGUAAUUUGCACUAUGGAAUAAAAAAAAAAUGAUAAUCCAGUGUAGACAGAGCAAAACCAGGGUAAACAUUACAAAGAGGAGACAGGAACAUUGUUUAAUUUCUCUGUGUUGACUGCCAGGUGUAAAGGACAGAGCCUAUAACAAUGGCUGACAGGGAGCUAAGAUGGAGACACACAGUUCCAGAAUAAAGAUGUAUGAAUCUUAUAAACUCAUCUCACUUUUUACACCUCACUAAUAAAUAUUUAUCGAAUAUAAUACUAAGAAACAAAAUCUGAAAAUACUGGGAAGUGACGUUUAAAGUCUUUAAGCAAUGAUGUUGAUGCUGUUCUCCACCACUCAAGCCAGAAAGCAAAUUGUUUGUUGUACAAUGACAAAGAGCUCACGCAACCAUACCAUGCUGUUUUACAUACUGCAACUUUGUUAUAAUCCCUCUUCACUUAUUUUUUUAAUUCUGUUUCUGUAACAAACUGUUCCAUCAGUGUGUUUUUUUUUUUUAAAUAUAUAUUACAGAGAUAUUUAUUUUUUUCUUCAGAUAGUUGGUAUUAUCCCAUUCAUAAUGACAAAAUACUUACGUACAACAUCAUUUAAAAAUAAAACGAAAAUAUUCUAGAAAGGUAUCCUUACUUGAGUUUAUAAAGGUGAGUAAACGGUGUCUUGUAGGUUAUUAGUAGGUGGAGUUGUUGGCAUUCUACAACUUGCAAAGUCUCCAACGCAUGUUGGCAAAAAGAAAAAAGGAAGAAAAAAAAAUAUAUUUUUCUACGUUUCUUUUCUUCGUGCUUGUUUUUAAAUGAACAUUCUUCAGUUUCCAUCUACUUCCUAGUUAAUGUCAAUCCAAAACAGAUAUAUAGAUGUUUCUUUCGAUUAAUGUGUUCUGCGGUCUGAAGUGUAUCUUGAAGUUCUAGGUGUGACGUACCUCCUGUGUAUUUUGAUAUAUGGUGUCCUCUUCUUUUACAUCAUUCUGUGCAAAAAAUAUAGAAAAAUCAAAUACAGACUAAAAAUAAGUUUAAAUUGUUUCUUUUGUCUCAUAUUAGUGAAAGUAGAUAAUAGUGUUCACUGAACAUCACAGUAUCUAAAAAUGAGUAUUACUGACUGGAUAUAUAGUUGAGUUUAUACAGGUACUAGUAGCUACAAUCUGUGUGCGUGUAUAAAGCAUUGUCACGGGUUGGGGAAAUAUGGGCAACACAAAUGGUUUUCUAUACCAAUAGACCAUUUCACUGAACUUUUUAGUCAGCGUUAUGGUCAAGGCCCAGAGUUUUGCAUAUUGUGACGUUCUGGUUCCUACGUAGACUGCUGUCAGUCAUCAGUGGUAGUAUAGGGGAUUAGAAGUUUGUUGUGUUACUCUUCUACUUAUCUGGGAACCCCAGUGGUUUCCAAAGGAGCAUCAAUACUAGUUUAAAUAACCUUAAUAAAAUACUGUAGAAGAGGGGUGCCCCAAAGGUAGAUCCCCAGAUGUUUUAAAACCCAAGCUUCAAUGAUGCUUUGUCAUUCUAAAGCAUUCUAAAGGCAUGCAAGGCAUCAUGGGAGUUGAAGUUCUACAACAUCUGGGAAUCUACUUUUGGGGCACCCCUGCUGUAGAUGAAUGACCAAAAACUGAAGUAUAAAUAACCACAAAAGAUAGUAAAAUAAUUCCAAAUGAGCAAACUUGAAACAUAUAAGGUGUUUUUUUUUUUUCAUCCCUUGGUUUACCUGACCCCGCUGUCAUAGUGUUUUUUAAGUGAUACUGUCGGGAUGAUUUAAAUGUUUUGUUUACUUUUUUUUCGUGUUUAGUUUUCGUGUCUAUUUGAGAUGUUAAAUAACAGAUGAAAUGUAGUAUCCUGAUAAUACUUGUAUUAUUGGACGUACAGCAUUUUUGGAAUGAAAAGCUUUCAUGAGAUCCUCCCUCUCUUAAGUCCUAAUGUUUUUAACUUGAGGGUCCCUUGAAAGCUUCUCAUUCCAAAUCCUGUUGGUCCAAGAUACUAAUUUCAUCUGUUACUUUAUAUCUGCAUCACUGGACACUACAAUCUAUGCUCCAUGUUUUCCUUAGACUCAAGGAAGGGACUGUUUGAGUUUGCGUUCUGUUAAUCCCCAUUCACUUGACCUAUAUCCCAACCACAAGUGUGUAGAGUUGAGUGUGUAGGUAGAUUCAUGAAUAGGUGAAAGGAUAGAUCUGGAUACACCGAUAUCCAUUAAAUUGUUUUGGGAUGCUUAUAUGACUUACUUGGUGGUCUCUUUUUCGAGGAUAUCUUUUGUGAUAUUCCUGUGCUAGUGUUUGAAAAAUCCUUUGACUCUUCGAGUUUUUCUGUAAGAUAUUAAUUUUUUUUUAUUAAAAUGUCAUGUCUCCCACUUUUGCAUUUGUUAAGAAGAUGAACUCAGUGGUGACUUACAUCGGUUUCCUUCCUGUUACUUCCCUUGCUUGUGAUCCAGUUACUCCGUUUCAAUUUUGACUAGAAAAUAGCAUUAAACAAGGACGUAUUAUUUAAAACAAAGUUCAGCUUCUUAAAUGGCAUUUAACUUGUAGAUUAUGCCAUCUGGAAGUUAUUUCAGGAGAGUAAGUAGCAGUUACAUAAAAGCAACAUGUUCUAGGCCAGGGGUAGGCAACCUAUGGCAUGUGUGCCAUGCACGGCACUCGAGGAGUCUUUGCACGGCACUCAAGUUUGCUAGAGCCAAACCGGUUCUGGCCUAUCAAGAGUCCCAGUGAAACUUCAUAUAUCUGCUAAUUCGUAAAGGUGGUGAAGGACAAUCCUCAAUUUAUGCAUUGCAGCACGUAGAGGAACUGAUCUCAGAUCACUUCCUCCCUGCACUUGUGAAUGGGAAUCCACACUGUAGAAGAGCAGCCCGCAGCUGCUGUUUCAGCUUCUGUCCUUGACCUGUACCUGGUCAGCCUGGUCCCCACUGGAACCCAGGGAAGCCACCCACACUGCUAGAUAUACACAGGCCUGCAGAAUAAGCCUCCCCUCAUACAAAUAAUACAAACAGCCGACACACAAUCCGCCCAAACUCAACACCACGGACAAUCCACAUACAUGCACACAACCCCACAUGCAGCCUCUCACAUGCAAUAUCCCAAACAACCCCUCACAUACACACAAUGUGACAUAUCCAUCCACACACAAUUCUACAAGUAGCCUACAUUCAUAGGUAUCAUACACCACACCACAAACUACUUCUAAACAUAUACACUAUAAUAGCUCAUAUAUGCACAAAUACAACGAUACAAAGCAACUGCAGUGUAAAAAAACACAACCAGAAUACGGCAACAUACACAUCUCAGUGUUAAAGUAGGACUGGCAUGCUACAGGAUAUCACAAUUUUAUUUUGGCACAGUCCUGCUAAAAGGUUGCUUACCCCUGUUCUAGGCAGUGAGUAUUGACUAGUUGGGUGUCUGUUCUAUAUCAGGGUUGGCAAAAAUGCAGAUUCUCCCAGCUCUUGCAGAACUAGAACUCCCAUGAUGAUUUGCCGGCCGUGAGAACGGGGCUUUGACUUGAGUCCCACUCACACUUAAAGAAACACUAUAGAAUUAGGAAUACAAACAUGUAUUCCUGACCCUAAAGAUUUAAAAAUACAAUUUAGGUGUCAGAACCCCCACCCUCCACUUGCCCUCCUUAAAAGGGAAACAAACGAGGGUCUGCCAACUCUUGCUCCGCCCCCCCUCCAUGGCUGAGAUCAUCAGACUUGACUUCCUUUUUCUGACUAUGUCAGCCGAGCAGGGGUGCCAGGGCAGAGCCAAACACCACUCUGGCCAAUAAGCAUCUCCACUGAAAGAUGCAUUAAAUCAGUGCACGACUUUAAAGAAUGUGCAGUGUCUCCAUGCAGAGCAUCUGUGUGACUGCCACUGGAGGUGUCCCUAGGCAGCAAUGUAAACACUGUCUUUCCGAAAAGGCAGUGUUUACAUGAAAAUGCCUGCAGGGACAGGCUAUACUCACCACAAGAACUACAUUAAGCUGUAGUUGGUCUGGUGACUAUUGUGUCCCUUUAAGGACAUUAAAGGAUCACUAUAGGGUCAGGAACACAAACAUGUAUUCCUGACCCUAUAGUGUUAAUACCACCAUCUAGCCUUCCUGUGCCCCUCAUGCCUCCAUAAAUAUAGCAAAAUCUUACUGUAUUCAAGCCUGAAGCUGUAACUCUGCAUGCUGUUUGCUGACAUCAUCAGAAGUGGUAGUUUGAUCCAAUCAUAAUGCUUCCCCAUUGGAUUGGCUGAGACUGACAAAGAGGGAGAUCAGAUUCAAACACAGCCCUGGCCAAUCAGCAUCUCCUCAUAGAGAUGAAAUGAAUCUCUAUGAGGAAAGUUCAGUGUCUGCAUGCAGAGGGAGGAGAUACUGAAUGUUUGGAUGCAUUUUAGGCAGCCAUGACCCAUGAAGGAUCUCUAACAGCCAUCUGAGGAGUGGCCAGUGAAGUUAUCACUAGGCUGUAAUGUAAACACUGCAUUUUCUUUGAAAAGACCGUGUUUACAGCAAAAAGCCUGAAGGUAAUGAUUCUACUCACCAGAACAAAUGCAAUAAGCUGUAGUUGUUCUGGUGACUUUAGUGUCCCUUUAACAAAACAAAAUGUCAACUCUUUAUUAAAACGUAUCAAACAUGUUAAUUUCAGAGCUGGAUUUGCCUGUCCAAAGAGUAGACACGUACCUAGAGGUGUAUGUGUUUCAAUGCACCAUUUGUGCUAGCUUAGUCUUAAAGGAACACAAUAGGGUCAGGAACACAAACCUGUAUUCCUGACCCUAUAAUGUUUAACCUACCAUUUAAGGUGGCAUGCCCCCCCUUAGCCCCUUUAGAAAUGGUGAAAACUCACUUUAUUUCCAGUGCCGCGCGGGUCUGCCGAAACUGUAAUACCCUAGGAAGCACCUCCAGUGGCCAUCUGAGGAGUGGCCACUUGCAGGUGUCCCUAGGGGGAAAUAUAAACACUGCCUUUUCUCUGCAAAGACAAUGUUUGCAUGAAAAUGCCUGAAGGUAAUGAUUAUACUCACCAGAACAACUAAAUUAAAGGACCACUCUAGGCACCCAGACCACUUCAGCUUAAUGAAGUGGUCUGGGUGCCUGGUCCAGCUAGGCUUAACCCAUUCUUUUAUAAACAUAGCAGUUUCAGAGAAACUGGCACUAUAGUGGUCCUUUAAGCUGUAGUUCUGGUGACUAUAGUGUCCCUUUAAUAUAUCCUGGUAGAGAGAGAGAGAGAGAGAGAGAGAGAGAGAGUGUGUGUGUGUGUGUGUGUGUGUGUGUGUGUAACAGUAAAUUGAAGGGGGGGGGGAAUAAAUCUCAGUAGACAACGUGGAUAUACACAAAAAAUGUACUCAUGAUUUUACUCAAACUAAUAGUAAAACACACUGCAAUAAGAAAUUAUAUAAAUAUUGAUAUGCAUAUUUUAAGAUUGUUUAUACUAUUUUAUACAUGUAUCAGUAUUUUUUAUGUAUCCCUGCAAUAGCCUGUUGAUAUAUGCAUACAUAUAUUUAUGCUAGAGAAAACUAGUAUACCCAAAAAGAUAUACAGAAUAGAGGGAGUCUAAUUAACACUAAGUCGCUCACACUGGAAAUAGUAGGAAUUCACCAAAACCUUCGUAAAUAGAAUAGUAAAGGAAACACCCUAAAGGAUAAUGUUGAAACCCAGGAGCUAAUUAGUGAUGAUGGCUCAGAUGGUAGUGGAACUAAUAUAGUAUAAUGACACAAUAUGGACAGAUAGAGGAUAGAAAUAUAAAAAUAUGCAAAAUCAAAAAGUCUAAACAAUUAAGUACUAUGCCUUAAAAUAUAUGAACGAGGAUAAAAAAUAAAAGAACCAUAUGUACAGCAGACCAAAAAUGAAAGAAAUUUGAUAAAUGAUAUAUAGAUAUAAAAAUAAAUUAGAUAUACAGAUGUAAAAAUAAAUUUGAUAUGAAGAUGUAAAAAUAAAUUUUAAAAAACUGGAUCAAUAUGCAGCAAAUCAAUGUACAGUGUUUGUAUCUCUAUCCCUGAUAUAAUGCAGGGUAAAAAUGAUACUUGCCCUGGGUAUUAUACUUUGUGUAGGCAAAGAUAUAAAAUAUAUAAUUACAAUAAAUCCGCAACACAGUAUAUGUAUCGCUGUAGACUGAAGCGGAUGCAGAAACUGGAUAUAAAUUGUAAAAAACAGUUUAUUAAACAGAAAUUAAAAAUAUAAGAAUUGUAUAAAAAUAUAAAUCGGAAACAGUUCACAGUAUUGUUACCAGUCUUUUAUAAAUGUCAGAUGAUGCUAUGAACCCUCGGAUUCAACUGGGAUGGAUGCAGAUUGGAUGUUUGCAAAUAUGCCUCCUGAAUUUAGACUGCCGGUGAGGAUGGCAUGCGUCUGUGUGUGCGUCCCGGCAGAGGCCUCACUCUGGGGGACGGACAGAUCUGACGGUUGCGUUUACAAGGUGGACCAAGGGUUCUGCGUGUGAACGAUCAUCUGCUGAUGAACAGUGGACUGGAUCUGUAUCCUGCUAUGUGGUCUGACGCGUUUCGUAGGGAAAAGAGCCCUACUUCUUCAGAGAUCCUCUGUCUGUCCAUAUAUUCCACUAUUUGUGACAUUAUACUAUAUUAGUUCCACUAUCAUCUGAGCCAUCAUCACUAGUUCCUCCUGAGUUUCAACACUAUCCCUUGGGUGUUUCCUUUACUAUAUAUUUAUGCUAGGCCUAGAUUUUCCAUUAUAAUGCACAAAUAGAUUAGUUGCAGCAGCUGAAAUAACCUUUAAGAAACAUUUUUAACACCAUAAUCACUACAGUGCACUAUAGUGUUUAUGCUGCCAGGGGUUUGGUGCACCUCCCCCUUUCCCAAAGGUUAAAAAAAAUAAAAUCUAAAAUGUGUUGACUCAUUAUAAUGGGUUGGGGUGCUAGGCACUCCUAGCACCAUAACCACAGCAAGCUGUAGUGUUUGUAAUGCUUGGAUUUUCCUUUACUUCGUGCUAGGCUCACUUUAAAUAUGUAGUUUUACUGUGCCUGUGUUUAUAAUAGUCUUUUAUUAUGCGUUACCUCCCCUCACUUACAGUACCAUUAACAUUUAAAUACAGGAUGUGCGUUACUUACCAUGUAAGUGAAUAAAAACACUGCGAUGCUGUAUAUAAGCAGCACACAACAGAGAAAGAUCAGCACAAUGCAAUCCGUACUAACACGGUGCUCUGAAAUAUAGAAAGAAAAAUCGAACAUGACUGUCAUAACUAUUUCUGUUUGCUAUGUUAUGCUUGUGUGCACUUUAUAAAUAUUUCAUAACCCAUUCAUAAUUGUAGGUUGAUUAUAAAAUGUAAUGGCUACCACUGUUGAAAGGGACAACCAGGCAGUGAUAGGAUUGUAAUGCAUCUGAUAGAUUUUGGCAUUAUUAAAGGAACACUCGAUUGACCUUUUUUUUUUUUUUUUUUUUUAACAACUUCGUAGAAAUACCCAAAUGAAAACAUGCAUUCACUAAUUUCUACAUUUUAAAACAAAAAAAAUCAGGGCUGUGUCUAACAAGAGCUGCAAAUCUCUUGUCUGCAACUAUUUAAAGUCCUCCCAUUUCCCCCCCCCCCCACAACAGAAGCCUCUGUGCUGGUGUUGCAAGCACCCAAGUGCAAAGGGCAUGCACACCACAUUCCCAGUCUUUCUCAAUGAGUUUUAAUAUAUAUGACUGGGUAGGUCAGUUGAGCACUGUCACAGAAUGACUGCUCUUUCUGGGGGGGAAGAGAAGGAAACCUUUUCUGCCCUAGAUAUAUGAGUGCAAAUUUCUGUAAGAAAUAGGCACGUUUAUACAUUUUAUUUUCCUUUAAUACAUACCAGGCUCACUUUAAAUAUGUAGCGUUAGUGUGCAUGUGUUUAUAAUAGUCUUAUAUAAGCUGUCACAAACGUGACAGGCUCUAGACACAUAAAGCACUUCAGCAAACUAAAAUGCUUUGUGUGUGGAGUGUACAUUUUAAUAUGCAGGAUUUUUUGAAUGCUCAAAUAUUUACAGUUUUUGUACAAUAAGACAAACUACAAACAGGUAGAGAUAUCCUUACUAUACGUCUCCCUGGUUGUCGUCUCAUUCCAGUACAGGUUUUAUUGUAGUUCAGAUCGCUUAGUGCUGUCAGUGGCUAAGCUAUGUGCAUACCUAUGAUAAGGAAGUCUUUUUAUGGAGUGAGGGGGCAUGGUUGUGGUUUAACAGUCUGCAAAACAUUUAUUUUUUUUAUGCAAAAACUUUAAAGAUUUGAGCAUGCAAAGAAAUUCAGCAAAUUAAUGAGAUCAAAACCUAUCAAAUGCAUCAAGGUUGUAUUGGUGCCUGUAAUGACCCUCUAAAAAUGACAUGUCUAUAUUUUUGUAAGCAUACAAACACAAAAUAUGAACAUAUAUAUCAUGAUUCUGUAGUGCUAGAUAAAUAAAGUAUAAUGCUGCACAUAAAUUAAUCUCUAAUUUUUUUUUAACAUAUGUGCUGGAUUUUUUGUCCCCAACUUUCGAGGACAGGGGUCUGUACAGAUGGUGUGGGUUGAUACGUGUCUAGGGCUUAACCAUUAAGUACCUAGAACAUCAGGAAAAGGCUAAAAAGCCAAUGGAACGUAAUUAAUAAAGUGUAUAUUCUGUAUGGGCUGUAAUCUGACAUGACUUCAUCAUUUGACUGGAGAAUUCUUGGUCAAUGUGUCAAUUAGUGAGAGUUCAUACAAAUUAAUUUGCCUUGGCUUUUGAUCCUAUUACUGUUGUUCAAUUCAAAGUUAUCAUUGCAUUUUCUUUAUAAAACACAAUAUUGUGGACGCAGGAUUUGGGAACUGCAAAAUUUAGGCCAAAUUUUUUUUAAUUUUUUUUUUAUAUUUUACCAACCAGAUAUUUUGACCUAAAACUUACAUAAUUCCCCUGUUCAUUUUGUAUCUAUUUAGUAAACCCACAUGUUUCAAAGCUCUUUUUUUUAGCUGUGUAUUGCUGUUCAAUUUUGUUUUGAAAACACAUUUUUGGACAUCUUUUGUGAUUUAUUAUUUUAUUUUAUUUUGAUUGAGACACUAAGCACGAAAAUAGCUUUAGCUCAAUGAAGCAGUUUUGGGGUAUAGAUUUCCUGACACUGUAAGCCUGCCCCCUCUGCUGGAGGUGUCAUUAUGGGCAAUGACAGGCUAUGAUUUGAAAAAAAAUAAAAAUAAAUUACUGCUGUUAUAACGUUACUGGACACUCUGAGCACCAAAACAACUUUAGCUACAUGAAACCCUCUGAGAGGUGCAACAUGAAAGCCAUUCUCCAAAGCCUAAUUGCAGUGUCCAAACACAAUAACUUCGAGACUAUGGAGCUAUGCUUCUUGUAUACCUUAAUAAUAAAUGGACCAAUUUUGCCUCUGUCCAUUUUUAAUUACUGUAAUGGUGUUGCUAUGCCAGUAUAGCUAUGAUGACCGUAGGCGUCCCAAAAAAUACCCUAAUACACCAUCACUAGUGAAAUGGACUUCUCUCAUAAGCAAAAAUGUCUAAUUGGUUACCACCUGCUUCAGCUACCAUUUCCUGUCCUGAUUAUUCUUUUUGCAAUGCAGUGACUAACCUUUUACCACCAGUGUAGUUCCAGAACCGGUCGCUACGGCAUUAGUGAAGACGAUUCCACAUACGUAUACCGCACUGUCGUUCAGUUGCAGGUCUUUGAUCUCCAACGUGGCAGUUUUGUCAGACUUUGUAGCAAUGAACUUGGAGCCCUGUCCUAGUUUACUCAGUUCUUGGUGCCCAGAAACCAAAUAGCGAAACCAGUGGGUGUUAAAAUCUUCUCCGCAGCCUGUUGUGAUAUGGCAGGAUAAACGGACACUGCCCUGUGACACAACUGCUACACAGCUUUCAUCCUGAACCACCGACACCUUGCAGCCUUGUAUAAGUCCUGUAAAAUACACAAAACACCAAUACACUUAUUAUUCUUGCGACAAAGGCUAUUAAUGUACUUAAUGAGACUCUGUCUUUGCAUUUGAACCACUUUUGUUUUUGUUUCCUGCCAUCUAUGUACUAGAACAGGCAUUGGCAACCUUCGGCACCCCUGAUGUUUUGGACUACACCUCCCAUGAUGUUUUGCCAGCAUUAUGGGCGUAAGAGCAUUAUGAGGGGUGUAGUCCACAACAUCUGGAGUGCUGAAGAUUGCCUACCCCUCUUCUAGAAGAUUACAUAUGAAAUUGCUGUGUUGCUUAAAUGUUAGCACACAGAUGUUUGAAGUUUCUUUACCAAUGUUCCUAUAGAUCUCUGUUCAACACCUUCUGAGAUCUGAUGAUUCUGGUAGAUUGCAACUUGCACUCCCAAUUAAUAAAGGCAAGAUAAACAUGAUGGGGGGGAGGGGGAGGAGAAUGGAGAAUAGAAGGGAAAGAUAAAUAAGUAGCAGAAAAAAGUAAAGAAAUGGAAAGAAUGGAUGCAACGAAGAGAGAGCCACUUUAAUAGACCUUGGGCCAAGUCUUUCCCCAGGGUUUCAUAGGUGUCUUUGGACAGAGAUAUCCUACGGAACCCAGGCCUGUGUGAAAUAAGGCAGAGUGGUGUCAUCUGUACAAUUGAGCAGGAAACAUGCUGUGCAAACAAGUAACCGAGUCCCACCAGCCAAAUUGAGGGUGCAGUACUCAUUGAACUUCAAAUCACAGAUGUUUUUAUGUGCGCUUGCUGUCCUGAAUUUUCCCUUCAAGGGCUACGCUGUCCUCCAUGAACACUUCUACUUUUAGAAGUGGUCCUGGAGCAAGGAAUCUGUCUGUGCAACGUUUCUGCUUGGAACACAGCACUACAGAGAUAUCUGAAAAUGUGUGCCAUGGGCUAGGUGCAGUUCCGGGACAGCCAUGCCUUAAAUGGAUAUUCCCUUGAUGGGGAAGCCUAUAUGUCCCCUCAUUUUAUUUUAACCCUCCUCGUCUCUACAUUUUUUAUCCUACUGUGGAUUUUUUUUUUUUUUCUUCUAAAUCAGACAAUUAGACGGGCCCCUCAAUAUGUAACUAACCCCUUAAGGAUGGAGGCAAUUGUACAAGUUCUUAAUUAAAACAAACCCUAGAGUUUAAGCUAUACGUCUGUUCAACCAUAAUUUAGCGAUUUUCAUAUUAAGGACACCUACACUUAUUAUAUAUAAUUUUGUUCCGAAGCACUGGGCUUUCAUUUCACAUUAAAUAUUCAUAUAUGAAACAUAAUUUAAUAUCAAUAAAAUAUGAAAUACAUUCAGAAAUAUUGUUAUUGUUCAAGUUCUGCAUGGCAUUUUCACUGUGAAUGCCAAAAUACUGUUCGCUUUUACUGCAACAAUUCACAAACAUUUGUGUUCAGCGAUCUCUCACAAGUGCUACAGUACAGUAAUGAAAUAUAUAAUUUUGUUCUAAGUGUUUAUGUAUUAUUUUUGCCCUAGGCAGUUGGCUCUGUCUAUAUGCCAAAUUAUACAUUUUUAAUUAAGUCCUGGAAGAGUCCUUGUUUGUUUUUUCUUUCUAUCUUUGCUUUCAAUUUUGAAUUAUGAAUGCCACAACAUCACAGUGGAUUUUAGACUUCCUUCAAAUAAUAUUAAUGUCCAGACUUAAAUUUGACAAAACUAUAUGGGUGAGCACAUGGUUUAAAUUAAAUUUUUAUUUUUCUUAUAUAUUUUACUAGAAUCCGGACUCCUAUCUUAUUAACAAAUAUGGUUUGACAGUGUCCCAACAAAGUAAUCUUGUGUACAUGUAAGAAUAGAAGUACACCUGAUGCGUUUCACGCCCCAACAGCACAAACACGUUUCUAUGGCAUUAAAAAAAAUAAUAAAAAUAAAUAACAUAACUGAAUACAUAAUCAAGUUACUGAUUACUGCACAUUUACUGCAGUGUUAGUUUUGGCAGCAAAUUUCAAGUUAAUUUUAGUCAGUCUUUUAACUAAAAUGCCGUUUUAGUUGUAUUUUAGUCAUCUGAAUUGUUGUAGUCAACUAAAUCUGAAAUAUUUUAGUUGACAAAAUUAACAGUGAUUUACUGUCAGUGCCUCUCAUUCUGUUUUUCUAUACCAAACAAAAUAGUUAAAAUAUUAACUUUUUUCCCAACAAAUAAUCCAGAUUUUUUUUUUUUAAACAAAUCUCUCUAGUCACAAGUAUUUAAAAUCAUCCAUUUUUAAGAGUAAGCCUAUAUUAAUGUAGAUCACAUUGAACAUACAUGAUCACAUGCUGUUACAAAUGUGUUCCAAAAAGCAAGUAUCCUUUUCACAAUUUGUAAUGAUACUCCAUUAGCUAGAAACAGUGUCCCUAAGCUUAUCACAUGUAUAGAUUUUUCGUACUCACUGCAGUGGGUGUGAAUCAAAGUGAUCGCAAGAAAAAGCAAGCCCCUUAAGCCCAUGGUAACUGUGUCUUCUGUUGCGAGAAAAGGGAAAUAGGUUUUGGAUCAAGAAAAUAAAUUGCGAGACAGUGUAUCUCAGCACAGCAUUGGGACACUUCCUGAUUUAGCACUGUAUAAUGGCCAACUCAUUUCUACAAAUUCAACUUCUCUGUUAUUUUGCUGUGACAGUAGAUGAAACUUUAGGCACAAGUGGUUUUUAGUUCUUGAGGAAUAAGACUAGAUUGCAACAGAUAGACGAAACAAAGUAAAUACAUUCUUCGAUAUGUAUAUACCAUUUAUUGUAUAUUGAAAGAAAUAUUUAUCAUACAGCAAGAAAAAUGUCUAAUUUUCUGUAUAAUUACAAAAAGAAUAUCUGCACCUCUUUAAAAUCUCAACAAACCGUAUUUGCAGACAUUCCCUCUCAUAUGCACUAGUGGUUCAUGCUCACGUCAUUUCAAGAUUUGAUUAUUGCAACUCACUCCUCGUUGGCUUUGCCUAUUCCUCUAAAUCCUCACCCGCCAACCCUCCCACACCUCAAUCCUCUGCGAGUCUCUAGAUUGGCUUCUUGUAUCUUACAGGAUCCAAAUCAAACUACUGACAUUAACCCAUAAAGGCUAUCAAAACUCUACCUCCAUUACAUUUCCUCUCUAAUUCACAGAUAUACACCAUGUCAUUCCCUUUGCUUGCCAAUGACCUUCUCUUGUCCCCUGUUUAAUCCACCUCUGAUCAUUCUUGUCUAUAGGACUUCCAAAGGGCUGCACCUAUUUUAUGGAAUGUUCUACCAUGUCUUAUUAGACGUUCUCCUGACAGUCCUCCCAACCCCCACAUAUAGCCAAUGCUUUCACUCUACACUGCCCCCACAACGUACGAAACACAGCCGUCAUAUCUCUCAUCUCCUCCCCCUCAGGCAUGUUUUUCAUCGUCUUGCGUUUCUCUUUCCCUUCCUCUUUGAUUGUGAGCCUGUUUGAGCAGAGCCUUCUUCACCUUUUGUCUCAGACAACAUUACUUUGUAUGUCAAUACUUAUUGUAUAUAUAUCCCAAAUGGAUUGUACAGCGCUGCUGAAUAUGUUGGCAACAUAUAAAUACUACAACUACUAAUAAUAGUAAGGAAGAAUACUAUGACUAUUCUAUGUCCAAAUAAAAUAUACGUACCGCCCAGGUUUGGUGGUUGACUGUCUGACGUGUUGAGAAAUGUGGCUUAAAAUGAGAGCUAUUAAUCGGCUCACAUUUUACUAACCCAAUUGUGCAGCUGCAUUAAGUUGUCUGUCAGUAAUCAGUAAGCAUUGGAUGUGUUCUGUGAUUGUCACAAAUAAGCAAAGGACACAAGUGUCACAUAUACAUUGUCACCCUGUCUGUACUUGGACAAAUGUAUUCACUUUGAUUUUUUUUUUUUUUGAUUUUUUUUUUCUUCCUUAAAGUCAGACAAUUUACUUAGUUUUUUUGUUUUAGUAAUUUCUUAGACAUUGAUUUUUAUUUAUUUUUUUAAACUUUUUUCUUUCUCUCAAAGCGGGAAGUGUUGUAACUGCUCCACACAGCAAUAUAGCUGCCAAACUGUCCUUCAACAAACAAAUUGCAACACUCAAUGUCUUGCUUCGAGAGAGUGCAACCCAAACGGUUUCACUCCGUCCACUAUACAAACCUCAUCAGAUAAGCAUUUAUAAUUACACAUCAUGUUGAAGAUGAGCUAUAUAUGUCUGUGUGUGUAUGUAUACAAAAUAUAAUAUACAUAUACAUACAAUAUACAGGGAUCAGAAUUUCCACUCACCACUAACUGUUGAUGAAUAUAAAAUCUACCCCUGGUUAGUAUGCCUUGGCUUGCAGUGGCGAGUAACUAGUCCUUGCUAGUAGCUUAGCAUAUGUGUAUGUGUGUGUGUAUGUAUGUGUGUAUGUAUAUAUAUACACAUACACACACAUAUGCUAAGCUACUAGCAAGGACUAGUUACUCGCCACCGCAAGCCAAGGCAUACUAACCAGGGGUAAAUUUUAUAUAUAUAUAUAUAUAUAUAUAUAUAUAUAUAUAUAUAUAUAGCACAACUGUACAUUUUGAACUUACAGAUAGAUGUGUAAGUAUUUAUAGUGAUGUACUAGAAAAAUAGUGCUGAAAACGAAUACAAUAAAACUCAUACAAUAAAAAUCUCAAAAUUAUACAAAUUUGUGAUUUUUUUUUUUUACUGCACACCCACUAUUCUAUCUGGUCACCCCGACUGUGUGUUCUUCCCUCUGGACUACAGUUUGGAACAAUGCAAAAUAGAGAGGGAUGCCACAUGCAGAUUUAGCUGCUGACUAUUGGAAUUUUGUGUAGUUUAAAGGAACACUAAAGCGUCAGGAACAAAAACAUGUAUUCCUGACCCUGUAGUGUUAAAACCACCAUCUAGCCACCCUGGAUCCUCCUUGUCCCCCUAUAUAUAGCAAAAUCUUACUUUUAUUGCAGUCUGCUGCUGUUCUGGCUCUGCCCCUUGGCUGACAUCAUCAGAAGUGUUGAACAAAAGCCAAUCACAAUGCUUUCCCAUUGGAUAGGCUGAGACUGUCAAGGAGGGCAGUCAGGGGCAGAGCCAGCACAAGUCAAACACAGCCCUGGCCAAUCAGCAUCUUCUCAUAGAGAUUAAAUGAAUCAAUGCAUCACUAAGAGGAAAGUUCAGUGUCUACAUGACACCAAACUGUAGUGCAUUAAAAUCCAAAUUGCAAAAUUAAGGCUAAAAUAUCUAAGCUGUCACUAAAGCUGCUCUGGAUACCUUUUCCAAAUCCGUUUUUUUUUUGUCCUAAAUUUGGAUAUGAUUUAAUUUCAACCCCAGCGUUUAAUUAAUAUGUAUUCCUACACAUACAGUAGUACAAUGAAAUAACUAGAUUUUGUGUCGAUUUGCUUCCACAGGUGGUAAGUGGGAAAAGCCAUCCGAAGCCAUGGAAGUAAACGGAACAGUUUGGGAAGAACAAGUUAACAGCCUCGCUGAUGUCUUCCAAAACACAGGCUUUGUUGUGGAGGCCGUCACCAGACUCCCCUAUUUAUGUGAAGGAGACAUGUACAAUGACUACUAUGUAUUGGAUGACGCCGUGUUUGUUCUUCGACCGGUGUAGACAUCUCCUGCCCUGUUACAAGAAAUGAAAUGAGCAUCAAACGAUCCUAUUGGAUCUCUGGAACACAAUACAUGGUGGAUGUAGGCAAAUCAAAAAUUCUUCAAGGCCAAAAUCUUGUUGUAUUACCCGAAGAACCUUGUUUAUAUACACAUAUAUAUAUAUAUGUAUAUGUGAAUGUGUGUGUUUGUAUAUGUACAGAACCUUCAACGGAAUACUUUUUAUAACCAAUUCAACAAUGCUACCUUACCAGCAAAAGUGGACCUGUUUUUUAAGUGACUUAACUUCCGUUUGCUGCCAAACAGUUAUAAUUGAUGUACAGCAUUUCGUGCAAGUACUUAAUAUGUUUUUCCUUUGUUGUUUUUACUCUUUUUUUUUAUUUUAUUUUUUUGACUAUUGUAACCUGUAACGGAAUGACUGUGAACUGUAAAGAAUUUUUCAUGCAAGACUAUGGGUUGAUUUGCCAUUCUAAAGCACAUGUUUUUUUUAGCCAUUUAACCAUGCCAAUAAAAUCUUUCAAGAUCAAAAA